UAAUCCUCUCCUCCCUCCUCCAUCUCUCCAUCAGACAUGACUGAUGUCGGCCUCUACUGCCGCCGCCAGUCUCCACUGCAGUCGCCGGCCUCUGCCUCCCUCCACAACCGUCGCUGGCCUUCGUCGUGGUUGUUGCCUCUACAAUCCUCCGUCGCCCUCCACCCUUGUCAUUGCCUCAUCUCUUCGUUUUCCAAAUCUCUUCUUCUUGUGAGUGCCUCAUCUCUUCUCCUCCCCUUCGUUUUUCAUAUAUGAUAUUUUUGGAUUUUCAUAUCUGUUUUUUUUCUAGUGGUAGUGGUACUAUGAGAGUUGUAUUUAUUAUAGGUUUAAAAAAUAUGUAUUUAAUAUGAGUUUUUUAUCAUCAAUUUAUAAUUAAUACAAAAAAUUAAUUUUUUUUUGUCAUGCCCAAAAUACGCUUGGUUGUGAAUCUCACAACCCCAUUAAGGGAAGUGACUGCAUCCUGACCCAUUAUAUAUGUAAAAGCACCAAAUGAGUUACAACAACGGUUUGGUUCAUUUUUCUUGAUGGUUUUGACUCAAUCAAAGGGUUUUAAAUAGUUAGACUUUAAACCAAAUGAACUCUCUGGUUUUACUUGUCCUAUCCACCAAAAAAUUAAGAGAAACACAUAGUUUAAGUGAAACUAAGACCAACCAAUCUGAAUUGAUAAAUUUGUUUCUGUCAACAGUUAUCCCACUAUUCUAUAUCGGUUGAUAAAUUCAAUCAUAAAUUUGGUAUUAUAUAUGUCUUUUAUGUUAUGACGCAUGAACGAUUCUUCCAUCGGUUGACCAACAGUACUGUGACAUUUAAUCGCUGAACCAUAAACCACUACUUCAUUUAGUUCAACAUUCGAUCCGGUUAUGAAUAGGACAAUCAACAUCCAAACCUUAGGUCCAAUAUUAUAGUGUCGCUUUUUAUGAUUGGUCCACGUGGCAGACCAUGUGGGUUUUAAUUGUGUUCCUCCAAAUUCACCCCAAAUUUGUAGCCUAUCAACCGACCAAGCCUUUGCAACCACCCAACUCACUAGGGAAUCCUUAAUUCUAAUUAAUCAUUUUCUUCUUUCACUCGGAUCAUAUCAUCUUUUUCCAUCCAGACUGUUUUUCAUAAGUCUGCAGAAAAUCGUACGCAUCUCGCUAUUAGACUUCAACAUCUUGGAAUUGGCAACAUGUACUUGGCCGAAUAACGAUUCAAUAUGGUUUACACUUGAUUCGUCACUUCGACCUCCAUGACGUCAUAAUGGAGGAUGAUUGUGAAGUCAGCCUCCGCCAGCUACUCAUAGAGAUAGAGACAGAUGCAUAUGAAUGCCUAGUGCCCAGAGACUGUCGUCAGAUAAUUGCUGCUCUAAACAUAGGCUUAGAGGUUUGUGGAGUCUCUAAGAUCGCCAAUCAGGUUGUCCAUAGUGUGGCAAGAAAAACCAUUUCUCUAUCUAAUUUAGAGUUGUCGAGGUAUGGUUUCCUACUUGAUAAUGGCUUCUUAGGUCCAUUUAAGUAUACAUAGACGACAUUUGCGUGUUGCCUUACAUCAUCGACAUCUAGGUGUCGCCUUUCUCUGUCCACAUAUUCUUGGUACCUAAUGCGCUAAGGAUCCUCUGUCUAAUUUAAAAAAAAAAUCCAAAAAUAUACAAACGAAAUUUGCAUAAGGUGCACUUUCAUUUUAUAAACUUUUUUUUUUCAAACCAAAGCAUUAAUGCUAUAAAUAUCUCUACCUUUGUGUUGUGAUUAGGGGUGGGCAUCGGUCCGGUCCGGAUCGGAUCACAACUCAAGAGAACCGCGGCCCAAUAGUUAAAGAUGUAUUAGGACCAAGGACCGAACCAAACCAAUAGUGCAUUCGGUCCGCUUUGGUCCAUUUGGUCCGAUCCAAAUGUAAAUUCGGUACAUUUUCUUCAGUAUUUUUAAAAUUCAUAGGACCAAGUACCGGAAAUAUUAUAUUCGAUUUGGUGUGGUCCGGUCCAAAUAUCGAUUCGGUCCAGUGUGGACCAACCCAUUGCCCACCCCUAGUUGUGAUUGACAAGACAUUGAAUUAUUUUAUGAUUAUCCAAUUUCAUUCAUGUGGGUUAUUACAAGUCUACAAUGAAUAGUACCGACUCUUUGAAUCAAAUAAUAGAAUAGACAUUAAUGCGCCCCUAACUAGCGCACAUUAGGUUGUUUGGAUGGAUCAAUUACAAAACUAGACAAUUUAACCAAUUGUUUCGUUUUAUAAAACGAGUUAUUUAAAAUGAGUCAAUUUGAAUUAUCUGCUACCACUUAAGACAAUUGUAAUUGUCUCAAAACGAGUCAUUUCAUAAUUCUCCAAACCAAAUUGCUUCAUUUAAAUUUUGUUGCUAAACGAAUCAAAUUUGCCCAAUCAUCUCAAAACGAGACACUUAUUUCAAAUUAAUCCAUUAGAAUUACUCAUUCAAACAUGCUAAUAUUCGAGGUUGACGGGAUUGAAGGACUCAAUUAGGAAAAAAGGCCAGUCGAGGGCUUUUUGGGGAAAAUGCAAAAGUUUAAACGACCACUUUGGGGAUUAACCCUUAUCAAUUUGACAAUUGAGAGAACGGGAGAAGUAGACCACAUUAGGGUUCCUUGCACUAUUAGCGGAAGGGACAGAUCCAGAGCAGAGAGCAGCAGAGAUCCGCGACCUUAGAAGUCGGCACAGCGCAGAGGGAGGGAAAGAAUGGCGUCAAGGAUAUCGCUAAAGCCCAGCAGCGGCAACAACAAGGGAGCCAAUGGCGCGGCAGAGAGAUCGACGGUCCAGGUGUUGAAAGAGUGGAGCGCUUGGAGCUUGGAAAAGUCCAAAGUCAUCGCUCAUUACGGCUUCAUUCCUUUGAUCAUCGUUAUUGGAAUGAACUCCGAGCCGAAGCCACAGCUCUACCAGCUACUCAGCCCUAUCUGAUCCAAAUCCCUCUCCAUAAUCUAGCUGGUUUGCUUCCCUAUCUGUCGAAUCUACAUCGUGGUGCUUGAACUAGAACUAGGUCGCAGAGAUAGUAGUAUGCGAUAACUUUUGUGAAUUUGUGCAAUCGUGAUGGUAAUUCUUAAGUUAAUUUGAAAUCGAUUGUCAUGGUUGUGGCGGAUUGUUAUGUUUCUACUCACUGGAUGGAACUCUUUCAAUGCAAUCCACCUGAAAACCCAACCCAUUGCUUAAAUCUGAAUUCUGCUGUAUUCACUAGCUGCAACUUUUUUAGGGUAUUUGCUGUGUUUUUGGAAUUAUGACGAUCUCUUGCGGGUUAGAUGACAAACCCCUCAAUUUGGUUCCUCCAUUGGACCUUGCCUUAGAGCUCGAAAGGGUAGAUACAAGAUUCAUUUAGUAAUGGGGGUAGAGGCAAAUCUCUCUGCUGGUAUCAGUUGGAUUAUGGAAGGAUGGUGGCUAAACCAAAACCAGUAUAGUGGGGGAGAUUGUAAGUGGUAGUAGCAUGAAAAGUCUUUCUAAUUGAACCUGUUUUUGAUGCAAUCAGGGGAGUGUGAGUGAAUCUAGAAGUUAGGUAGGAUAUGAAGAUGGAGUCCAAGAUGCUUCAUAGGGAGAUUGUGAUGUUGGAAAGUUUGCAUAUGGCUAGUUGGAACUUGGAAGAGUUGAAAGGUGUAGUAGGACUUUGUACUGGAGCAGUUUUCUCCAGGCCAUAAAGCAUUAGAUGUGGCAAUUGACAGUUAAGUGGGAGCUUUUGGUUGUCUGGUAUUUCUAUGGAGGAGAAGAAGAAUGUGUGGUUAUUUCUCAUCUCUGACGCCUUGAAUCUUGUUGGAGUCUGAAGGAUACUAAGAAGAAAGAGAUGUGCAUGGCUGAGCAGAUUGUAAGUUGGUUGCCGACGCAGGGUUUUCUUGGCCGGUUUGAUCAAAUAGACUCGACUUGCCAAGUGAUUAGAUUGCAAGUUUGAUCUAGAGGAGGAGGGAUGUGAAUGUUGUAGCUGGUUACUUCUCUAGAGCACUGCUGCUAGGUGUUUUUAAUGUUACGAUGAAGAUGACAAUUGGAUUGAAAGUGGGUAAUUAUGGUUGAUAUAAAAGAAAGUGGAUGCUGCUGUGGAGAUGGGAAGAUUCUGGUUAGUGAGUGUAAACGUAGAAACAAUCAAUUCCUUUAUUUGUGAUGCUCGAGAAGAGUUGAAAUUUUGGGCGCCUUGGUGUGACUGAGAGUUUAGGAGUCCUGGAAAAAGACCACCGACAAACGGAUGGGUGGGUUCAAUUUGUUGGGUUGGGUUUGGUUGGUAAAUCCGAACAUCGAGUUUUUAGUUUUCUAUCUCUAGUCAGAGUGUUUCACGAUGGUACGAUGUGAAGUUGAUUCGAUCGGUUCGAUCGAUCUCUCAGCUAAUUAGUGAUGGCAAUGGGGCGGGGCGAGGCAGGUACCUCAAUUCUCAUGCCCUGUCCCACGCUACUACGGGACGGGGCGGGUAAAGCCCGCGCGGGUACGGGGUGGGGCGGGUCGACCCACUCUUACAUGUUAUUCGAAAAAAAUACAAGUAAAUUUUACUUUUUACGAUAAAACGAAGGGUAAAACACUUUAAGAAAGAAAAAUAGUGAUAAUAGAAUGGGUAAUUGAGUCUAACAAGUUGAAAGAGCGACUCUAACUAGUUGAAGAAAAGUCAAAAUAUGAGAAAUAUGUUUAGAAAUUGUAAGAAAUUGAGAUAAAAUGAGUCUAGAACGGGGCGGGGCAGGGCGGGUCGGAAGUAGAUACCCAUGUCCCGCUACUGUGGGUCGGGUAAUACCCGUCCCAUCGCUGGUCGGGUCCGGUAAUACCCACAGGGCGGGUUGAAAUUGCCAUCACUACAGCUAACCAAUCCUCUAAGGGUCGUUUGGAAGUUGAGAUUUCAAGUGAGGUAUUUAGCCAAUACAUGUAGGGGUCGUUU